AUGGCUAACAAUACUGAUCUAGCUGCUGCUAUUCGCCUUUUGGCGGAGAAAUUGACUCAAGAGAGGGUUAAGCGUCCUGAGACCACUGGAGAAAUGUUCGAAAGAUUAGCUAAAGUUAAACCAUCCUACUUUAAGGGGCAAUCUUACCCAGCCUUCUUAGAGAAUUGGAUUAGGGAGUUCGAAAAGCUAUUUGAGGUAGUGAACUGCCCUGGUAAUAUGAGAGUAGGUCAUGCUGUGUUAUACCUGAAGGAUGAGGCUGACUUAUGGUGGAGGGAAAAUGGUGCUAGACUGAGUGCUGCUGAAGGAUUCAAUUGGGAAGCAUUUGUGGUUGCCUUGAGAGGGAAGUUUCACCCUGCCUUUAUGAGGAAGCAGAAAGCCCAAGAAUUCAUUAACCUGAGGAUGGGUAGUAUGACCAUCUUUGAGUAUUAUGGCAAGUUUAUAGCUCUAUCUAGAUUUACACUUGAGGUUGUAGCCACUGAGGAACUUAGGGCUCAGAGGUUCAAGCAAGGCUUAACUGAAGAGAUCCAAUUGGGAUUAGGAGGGAGAAACAACCAGGAUAACCGCAACAAGGGUAAACCUAAGAGAGUGCAUCACUGUAAGUUCUGUGACAAAAACCAUCCUAGGAAGGAUUGUAAGCGAGAACCAGUGACUUGUAACUACUGCCAGAAGAAGGGUCAUAGGGAGUAUGAGUGCUAUUCUAAGCAUGGUAAAGACUUGAAGGGUCAAGGGAAUAGUAAUCAAGUCAGAUCAGGAUCCAACCAGUCUGGAAACCAAGGUUCUAAGCCUGGGGGGCUACAAAACAAUCAAGGAAACUAUAGCAAGCCUGCAGGUGAGAACCCCAACUAG